AUGUACACUCUCUGGGCUGCUGCCUUGGUGGCUGCUUUGCCCGUCUCCAGGGCCCAGUUUGUGUCUCCACCCACGGAUCUCAUUCCCACCAAGGGGUAUCUCGACAUCCCCGUCCGCUACAAACAGGUCCCCACCGGCAUUUGCGAGACCGAUCCCAGCGUCAAGAGUUUCUCUGGUUAUCUCGAUGUCGCCGAGCACGAGCACAUCUUCUUCUGGUUCUUCGAGGCGCGCAAUCAAGAUCCUACCGAGGCUCCCUUGACCGUCUGGAUCAAUGGAGGUCCUGGUUCCUCCUCUAUGAUCGGCUUGUUCCAAGAGCACGGCCCAUGCGGCAUUGACGCCAAUGGCUCCGUCUACAACAACCCGUACUCUUGGAACAACGCCAGCAACAUGCUCUACAUCGACCAGCCCGUGCAGACUGGCUUCUCCUACAGCAUUCCGGUCCCCGGCUACGUGGAUUCCUCCACGGACAAUGUCAUUGCCCUGCCCUCCCCUGUCUGCCCCGACUAUGCAGCAGACAUGUCCUGUGGCACCUACGCCUACCCGAACGUGAGCCUUACGGCCAACUCCACCGACAACGCUGCCCCCAACUUCUACCGCGCCCUGCAGGGUUUCAUGGGCGCAUUUCCCCAGUACUCGCGCGAGACCUUCCACUUCACCACGGAAAGUUAUGGCGGCCACUAUGGACCCGUCUUCAACGAGUACAUCGAGGAGCAGAAUGCUCAUCUCCAGCCGGGAGCCAAGAAGAUCCAACUGGGCAGUGUGAUGAUCGGCAAUGGCUGGUAUGACCCGAUCAUUCAAUACCAGGCCUACUACAACUUUACGGUAUAUCCGGGCAACACAUACGACUACCUGCCAUUUAACAAGUCCAUCAGCUCGCUGUUGUACAAUAACCUCUACGGCCCUGGAAACUGCCUCGACCAGCUUUACGACUGCGCCGCCCGAGGCAUUGACGAGGUCUGCAGUACGGCCGACAGCUUUUGCGCCAAUGAAGUCGAGGAGAUCUACGACAUCUACUCCGGUCGGGAUGAGUACGACUUCCGCGAACUCACUCCAGACCCGUUCCCCUACGAGUUCUACGUCGACUACCUGAACAAGGCAUCUGUGCAGGCCGCCAUCGGCGCAUACAUCAACUACACGGAAAGCAACAACGCUGUCGGACUCGCCUUUUCGUCCACCGGUGACGACGGGCGACUCAUGAACACCAUACAGGAUGUGGGCAAGCUGCUCAAGCAGGGCGUCACGGUGGUCAUGUAUGCCGGCGAUGCUGACUUCAACUGCAACUGGCUGGGCGGGGAAGCCGUGUCACUGCAGGUCAAGGCCGCCAACUUCAGCAGUGCGGGUUACACCAACAUUGUCACCUCGGAUGGAGUGACGCACGGCCAGGUGCGCCAGGCAGGGCAGUUUGCCUUUGUGCGGGUGUAUGAGAGUGGCCAUGAGGUUCCCUUUUACCAACCGUUGCUUGCGCUGGAGAUGUUUGAGCGCGUCAUUGGCGGCAAGGAUGUGGCAACAGGGAAGAUUCCCGUGACGCCGAGUCUGCAGACGGUGGGCCCACUCAAGAGUACCUACCGCGAGGGCAACGGCACGAUUCAGUGGGAAGUGUUGGACUCACUGGCGACGUACAACACGACCACUAAUGCUCCGAACCCAGUGAGCCGGAAGCUGAAGCGGAUGGGACCGGCUUUGAGGUUUCAGAUGUAG